AUGUCAAAAGCACCUUGGGAGAGGAAAUUGUGGAAACAACAAGAUUAUCCAGAUAACCAUACUGAUUCCGAAUUUUAUGUACUUUUGAAAGAGAUACAAGCUAGCAAAUACAACAAUGCAGACAGACAGAUCAUAGAUCAACGAAUAAUAAGACAAGAUUUCUUGUCUUUCUACCACUUGGUAAUGAAUACUUCCUUUGUCUAUGUGGUUUUUUGCUACCUAUACUACUACGAAAGAGACCCUCUACCGCCCUGUAUUGGAAUGACUGCCUUAGUAACAUUAUUAUAUGUGGUGAACCAGAGAAGUCAUCGGCUCUUGACUUUCAAAUCAUCGAUGCUCAUUACUUUUACAAUGCUAAUCCUCUCACCCGUGAUCAAGUCACUAUCUAGGACUUCGGCGUCAGAUUCAAUUUGGACAUUAUCCUUCUGGCUCUCUGUGUCGUACUUAUAUGUCAACUCAUCUUCGAAAACAGAGAAUAAUACACCAACAAAUUUGUCAACAAAUAUAUUACUGGCUAAUGUCGCAGUGCUUGCAUCAAGAUUACCUACCACAACGGAGGUAUUUUGUUUCAUGUUGCUAUGUGUUGAAAUCAAUAUCGUCCUUCCAACAUUAGUUUCGCCUCAUAACAUCUUGUUUUCCCUUGGCACACACAUAACAGUAUAUACAUUUGUGACAACAACACUUGGCAUAACAUAUAUGGUGUCUACACUGGCCGUGGCCAUCGCUUUCCAAUUGCUAUUCCCCAAAUGGUUUAUCUACUGGAAGUUACAUUACCAUAGAUACGAUAAUGCGUUACUUUCUGGAUGGGAUCCUGCAAAACCCAUUAUAGAUAGAUAA